GUGGGGGGUUUAUCUUUUAGUUCUAUUUGAUCUAAUCGACAUUUCGGGAGACGCACGGUUUAUCGUGACAGCGUUAGUUGGUUACCGUGAAGCUGUUGCAGUUGAUAAUACACCGAAUGGGAUAGCAUCCAGCAUCGAUCAGUACGGAGAACGCGUUUUACAGUAGCGGAGAGAAGUACACGUCAACAAUCCAUCGACAAGGCGUGUAAGCCCAUUCGUACGCUGGGUAGAAAUGAUCACGCCGCUGCAGCUCACAAUUUGAAUUUGGAGACACAGACGUCGCUUUGAAUACUAAAUAGAUGAACCGCAACAGCAACACCUGAACAGCUCAGGAAAGCUCAAGUUCGUGCACGGAGCGAGAAGUUGAUCGUAUCGAGGAAGUCGAUCGGGUGAAAGUUGUGCCUUCUAGUAACCGUGCGUCUAGGGUGCCUACUGCCCCACCGACACGCAAUCCCGUCGUCACCCGUCGUGGUAAUAGUGGUAGUAACGAGCAAAUUGUCCCGGAGGUACACACAACCUAGGAUACGUGCCCGCAAGUAACUGCCGCGCCGAAAAGCGAUCGCUUGUGGACCACAACUUCCCGUUGUGGGGGAGACAAGAACCAGUCAAACGAGCCCACCACCAACACGAAGCAACAUCGUGAAGCCACCAGCCAGACGGCGACGGCGCUGCGAACAAUAAACUGGUGUUGACCAGCGGACAAACGGUUCAGUCUUCGGUUGUACGCGCCCGCGGAAACAUCUUGGCCACUGCUCCGUACGCACCGUUUUCCCAGUACGACGAACACUCUCACCACCUCAAACGCGCCGCCACCCACUCGGUUCGCGGUUCGGUCUAUCGCUGCUUGGGGAACACAUUCGUGCCGUUGCGCUUCAUUCCCGUUUGUGUCUGUGUGGUGGUCGCUCGAACGUUUUUUUUUUAGUUGUUUUGGCUGACGUGCGUGCGUGACUUCGCGAAGCGUAACAACGUGUCCGGUCCGGUAAAACGAAUAGUUUUUUCCCCCCCACUCUCUGUGAGCGGUGAGCUGGAAGCGGAAGGCAAGACAGCAACAUGUGUGGCAUUUUUGCGUAUCUGAAUUUCCUUACGCCGAAGACACGGCGCGAAGUGUUGGAUCUGCUGUUGAAUGGGCUGAAGCGGCUCGAGUACCGUGGGUACGAUUCGGCCGGUGUGGCCGUCGACGGUGCCACGGUCGAUGCCGACAUCCUGCUGUUCAAGCGCACCGGAAAGGUGAAGGUGCUGGAGGAUGCGAUCCGGGCGGCGGCCCAAACGGUAGAUUUUAGCGAAUCGUGUGACACGCACGUUGGUAUUGCGCACACCCGUUGGGCAACGCACGGUGCACCGAGCGAGGUGAACUCGCAUCCCCAGCGAUCGGACGAUACGAACGCGUUCGUCGUGGUGCACAACGGUAUCGUGACGAACUAUAAGGACAUUAAGAAGUUCCUGGAGCUGCGCGGAUACGCGUUCGAGUCGGACACGGAUACGGAGACGAUCGCGAAGCUGGUGCACCAUCUGUGGAAGCAACACCCGAACUAUUCGUUCCGCGAGCUCGUGGAGCAGGUGAUCGUACAGCUGGAGGGUGCGUUUGCGCUGGCGUUCAAGUCGAAACAUUUCCCGGGGGAGUGUGUCGUGACACGGCGUGGUUCACCGCUGCUGGUGGGGAUUAAGGCGAAAACAAGCCUCGCUACCAACCACGUACCGAUCCUGUACGGGAAGGGACACCGGCACGGUUCGUCCGGCAAUGUGCAGGUCGAGCCAACGCCGGACAACACGGCCGACUUCAUCAAUCCGGGCGAGGAGGUCGAAUACUUCUUCGCGUCGGAUGCGUCCGCAGUGAUCGAGCACACGAACCGCGUCAUCUAUCUGGAGGACGACGAUGUGGCUGCGGUGAAGGACGGUGCGCUGGGCAUCCAUCGGCUGAAGAAGAGCCAGGAUGAUCCGCAUGCGCGCGAAAUCACCACGCUCAAGAUGGAGAUCCAGCAGAUCAUGAAGGGCAACUAUCGGUACUUCAUGCAGAAGGAAAUUUUCGAACAGCCCGAAUCGGUGGUGAACACGAUGCGCGGUCGCGUUAACUUCGAAAGCAAGAAGGUGACGCUCGGCGGUAUUAAGGACUACAUCCCGGAGAUAAAGCGUUGCCGGCGGUUGAUGUUGAUUGCGUGCGGCACGUCAUAUCAUAGUGCGGUCGCCACACGGCAGCUGCUGGAGGAGCUAACCGAGCUGCCGGUGAUGGUGGAACUCGCGUCCGACUUUCUCGAUCGCAACACGCCGAUCUAUCGGGACGACGUGUGCUUCUUUAUCUCGCAGUCGGGCGAAACGGCCGAUACGCUGAUGGCGCUGCGGUACUGCAAGCAGCGCGGUGCGCUGAUCGUCGGCAUCACCAACACGGUCGGCAGCUCGAUCUGUCGCGAAUCGCACUGCGGGGUGCACGUGAACGCGGGGCCGGAAAUUGGCGUCGCCUCGACGAAGGCCUACACGUCGCAGUUCAUCUCGCUGGUCAUGUUCGCGCUGGUGAUGAGCGAGGACCGGCUGUCGCUGCAGGGUCGCCGGCUGGAGAUUAUCGAGGGGCUGCGCAACCUGGACGCCCACAUCAAGCAGGUGCUGAUGCUGGACCAGAAGGUGCUGGAGAUUGCGCAGGAUCUGUACCAGCAGAAGUCGCUGCUGAUUAUGGGCCGUGGCUAUAACUUUGCCACCUGCAUGGAGGGUGCGCUGAAGGUGAAGGAGCUGACGUACAUGCACAGCGAGGGCAUUAUGGCGGGCGAGCUGAAGCACGGCCCGCUGGCACUGGUCGACGAUACGAUGCCGAUCGUGAUGAUCAUAAUGCGCGAUCCGGUCCAUCUGAAGUGCAUGAACGCGCUGCAGCAGGUGACGGCCCGGGAAGGGCGUCCGAUCAUCAUCUGCGAGGAGGGCGACGCGGAGACGAUGACGUUCGCGUCGAAGGCGCUGGAGAUACCGCGCACCGUCGACUGUCUGCAGGGUGUGCUGACCGUCAUACCGAUGCAGCUGCUGUCCUACCACAUUGCGGUGCUGCGCGGCUGCAAUGUCGACUGUCCACGAAAUCUCGCCAAAUCGGUCACGGUCGAGUAAGGCGAAUCCGAUCGAUCCGGUGGGGAAAUAUCAGUGUUUGCGUGCGUGCGACGAUCGAGUGUGUGUGAUCGUGGGUGUGUGCGGUUUAACCGUGCGUGUGAAACAGUUGUGUUUUAUUGGAAGGGGUGGAAAAGAAGGGACUCAAAGAGGAAGAGAUAGAUAGAGAGAGGAAGGGAGAGAGAGUCCUGUUUGCGAAACGCUGGAAUAUUCCUUUUCUUUUUUAACAUGCUAGUGCUUUUAUUUUUAAAUUUUAAAUAUCAGAAGAGAAGCUGCCAGGAUGUUUAUUCGGAAGCGUUUAUGUAGCGUUUAAGUUGUUCUCCAAGAGGUUUUUAUUUUUUUUAUUUGUAUUGUUGUUAGUAAGCUAAAAGCGAACUCUUACUCUCUUUCUCACACACACACACACGCCGCAAGAAAAAUCGCGUUGCGGGAAAAUCAAUCAUUUGAUUAAGGGCCAAUAUAUAAAAUUCUUUACUGUUUUCGCUGGCCAUUCCAAUAAGCGACAAAGCUGCUACACAGCACAUCACACGGGAAGCGCGUGAAGAUAUGAAUUUCAAGCUCGUUUUUUUUUUAUUCGUUUUGUUUGUUUUUGCAAUAAGAUCUUGGAAGCAUCCUCCUGGCUCUAUUUCUGUAUGCGCCUAUCAAUAAGCUCCUAUUUUGUAAUUGCUAGUAGAUCGCUAUCAGCGAAACAAUGCAUCGCGAUUGUAACCGGUACCACCGGUCUGUUUGCGAGUUCAAGAUCCGCCACGUACGCAGAUGUCUCGUCGUCACCAACCUGCGCAAACACGCUCACUUUCAACCUGUUUCCACGCCACCACCGCCCGUUUGGUUUCCUGCGGCACACCGAUGGGGGGAGGUAUUUAUGGUGUUUCGUCGGUGGAACCCCGCACCAAAACUACUAGCUCGAACCGCGACCACCGCGUUGUCUGUCUGCGUGUGUACCGGCGUCCGGUUACGGUGAUAAGGCACCAUUCGCCCCCUUUAUCGUUAGCAUCACUUUACACGGGAAGCGAUAGGUCGGUCGGUGGGACAGGGCUGUCAAAAGAUGCGCGAAAGAUUUGUCUGUUUGUUGCCUCCCUUCCGUUUUUUUUUUCUUUUGUUUUGCUAACGUGUGCCGUAUCUCAACGCAUGGGUUGGCCUAAUUUUACCUUUCUCAGCGCGCCCUAAACUGUGCAAUAAUGAGCGAAGCGGAGGCAGCAUCGGCGCAAUCGGUAAAUUAGAUGACGUGCGGUCUCCCUUUUGUUUCUAAUCAAUUGGCCAUUGUUUUGAAAGAUUAGAAUUGUUGGCGCGCGCAGCCACCGGCAGCGUGGCAGAUACAAUGUAUUGCUGCCACCGGCACAAAACGCAAAAAAAAGCUCCACAUUUUGGAAAACCCUUUUUUUCUUCUUUCGGUUAAGUAAGGAACUAAAUUUAAGCCAAAAAGCAGUAAGCAGUCCUUGGGGAGCUAGAGUGGAUGUUUAAUGCAGUGGUAGUAUAUAUUGGAUACCAGGGCGGACAGCAGAGUACGGGAAACUUCACCCGGGAACAGUAAACAGGCGAGAAGGAAAAUAAGCCAACACACUAAUUCCAAUUGCGAUGCGUUUGCGACAGCAAUUUUAUAUAGAUACACACCGUAUAGUAGUUGAUAAGGAACGUCGCCUCCGGCUGUAGCGCUUGGUAGCCAUGUAGCCAGCAGUUGCAAUGUGUAAUGUGAAUAAAGUAUUAGUGCUUUCUUUUUAUUGGUAAAA